GUGGUUUAGUUGCAACUACAAAAAUUAAGUGAUUGGUAUGCAAUUAAUGUCUAUUUCCUCCCAUCGGAACUCGGUCACUCUCAAGUCUCACCAGCGAAAGCAAAAUCCCCCGAAAAGCCCCUAUCUUCAUCGCCGGUUCAUCCAUCCACCUUGGCACCUUGCCGCAAACAAUGUCGAGAGCUCUUUGUCUCCGGCGUUCAAUCCACCACCUCCUCAACCGCCGUGCCUCUCAAACCCAUUUCCACCGCCUUCCCCGACAAAGCCGCCGAUCCUUCCAAACCAUCACUACCCAUCAAACCCUAUUCGCACAUUCUCAACCUCCUCCCCCGCGUCGGCUUCGUCCGAUACACAGCUCUCGUGCUCUUCUGCGGAGCCGCCACUUACCUCUCAUUCCCCUUCUCGGAGAACGCCAAGCACAAGAAAACCCAGCUCCUUAGUUUGGGCUUUCUCAGUGUACUGAGGGCAAUAGAUUCGAAGAACCCGAUGGGCUUCUAUAGUUGUUGGGCUUUGGAUCAAUGCAAGCCCAGAAGCUGGCAGAUUUUUAGCAGUCCGCCUCCCGAAAUCACAGCCAAUUUCCCUCCCCAUUCCCGUCUGCUUCCGGCGAGAGCAAAGCAGAGCAAGGCGGCCUCCCCCUUCUGGCGCCGGCGAAUCAGAAACCAAAGCAGCUACAUAGAGAGUGUUAGAGAGAGAGAUAGAUAGAGAGAGAUGCAGAGACUGAAAGGUGGAUUGACGAGAACAGUAAAACAGUACUGCUUGAAUAGAAAUGGGAUGUACUGUAAUCCCCACGACCACCGGAGCUUCUCUGCUCUCCCCAACUACGCCGCCGUAAACGAUGCUGAUCCUGAAGACCAGGUUUUGGUGGAAGGAAGAGCAAAAUCAAGAGCUGCAAUCCUCAACAGACCCGACACUCUCAAUGCACUUACUGCUCCCAUGGUGGGUCGGCUCAAGAGAUUGUACGAGUCGUGGGAAGAAAACCCAAGUAUUGGGUUUGUGUUAAUGAAGGGUGGUAGCGGCAAGGCCUUCUGUUCCGGUGCUGAUGUUGUUUCCCUAAGCCAGAUGGUUGAUGAUGGGAACAUUGAAGAUUGCAAACGAUAUUUUGAGACGUUGUACAAGUUUGUCUACCUACAAGCAACAUAUUUGAAACCACAUGUAGCUAUUUUGGACGGAUUCACUAUGGGAUGUGGAGCUGGAAUUUCAAUUCCCGGAAUGUUUCGCUUGGUCACUGAGAAAACUAUUUUUGCUAAUCCCGAGGCUAAAAUGGGAUUUCAUCCUGACGCAGGAGCUUCGUUCUAUCUAUCUCGCCUGCCGGGUUACCUAGGGGAAUACUUAGCCCUCACUGGAGAUAAGCUUAAUGGGGUGGAAAUGAUAGCGACUGGCCUAGCAACUCAUUAUUCAUUGCAUUCAAAACUUGCUUGGACUGAAGACCGGCUUGGUAAUUUGAUAACAGAUGACCGUGAUGCCAUUGAAACGUCUCUCGCACAUUAUGGUGUCAUUGUCCAUCCUGACAAGACGAGCGUCCUUCAUAAGAUAGAGAUAAUUGAUAAAUGCUUCUGUCGUGAUACAGUAGAAGAGAUUAUUGAUGCCCUGGAAAAUGAGGCGAAGACCUCUUACAGUGAAUGGGUUAAGGUAGCUCUUAACAGAAUGAAAGAAGCUUCUCCACUGAGCUUAAAGGUCACCUUACAAUCUAUACGCGAAGGUAGAUUCCAGUCUCUUGAUCAAUGCCUCUCUCGUGAGUAUCGGAUUUCAAUAGCAGGGAUCUCAAAAAGAGUUUCCAAUGACUUCUUUGAGGGUGUCCGAGCUCGGUUAGUGGACAAGGACUUUGCUCCAAAGUGGGAUCCUCCAACAUUAGCGGAUGUGAGUACAGACAUGGUGGACAGCUACUUCUCACGGCUUGAUGAAUUCGAGCCUGAGCUGGAGCUCCCAACAGCAACCCGCGAGCCAUACAUCUGACUAUCUGAGAAAGGGGAUUCUUUCUAAGGAAAAGACAGCACAUCAGAUAUCGACCUUGUUCUUAGACGAAAAAUGCUUGUUGAUGUUAUAGAACCAUUUUAUGUAUAAUUUACUUUCAGCCCUGGAACGUGAACUUCAAACUACUGGUGUCUUAAAUUUUGCUCCUUGACAAAAAUAAACCGCGCAUCUAAGCAUAAGAUUUAACAGUGUACUUAUUGCUUAGUCGCAUGGAUAAUCAGGCAGGACAAUAAGGUCAUAUAUAGGUGAUUAUUGAUUAUGAAGCAUGCAAGAAAGUCAGUUAUCUAA